AUGGCCCCAGGGAUGUCGGGCCGCGGCGGCGCCGCCCUACUCUGCCUCUCGGCGCUGCUCGCCUACGCCGGCGGGGCUGGGGGCUUUGGGGUCUGCGGGGAUCGUGGCUUCCUCCGCCGCUGGCGCGCAGGCCGGUGCGGGGCCGUGCCGCCCGCUGCCACGCUUCCUGCGGCGGCCCUCGAGAAGGGAAGUGGACUGACAGGGCCCGGGGAGCCGCGGCGGCUCGCCCGCCCGCCGUCCUGGAUACGCGUGGGGGACAGAGGGUCUCUGAACAACCCCCAGGAGUGGGAACUCAGAUCCGACGGGAGGAGGCUGCAGCGGGCCUUCCGCAAGCUGGAGGCGCUCCAGGAGGCGAGGGCGCUGACCGAGGGGGAAUGGAGAGAGCUGGUGGGGAAGGAGAAUGGAGAAGAGAGUCCUUCUGCCCCUCCCAGCAUGAAACCAGCCGACCCGGGACGCAUUUCUCCAACCAGCAAGGGGGUCUGCGAGUGCUCAGUUGGUGGCACUCCUGCCACUGCCAGCCUCCUGCCUCCACAUGACCACUGCAGCCCACGCCUCUUAGCCAAGGAGCCAGCCUCCAGCCGCUCCCACCCGGCCAGUCCCAGCCCCCCGGGGCCGCCGGCCAGCCCCGUGCUGCCGGUCAGCUACCGCCUGUCGCACACCCGGCUGGCCUUCUUCCUGCGGGAGACGCGGCCCCCGCCGCCCGCGGUCACCAAUGGCUCCCUGCAGCGCUCCGAGCCCUUCGUGGUGUUCCAGACCAAGGAGCUGCCCGUCCUCAACGUCUCCCUGGGGCCCUUCAGCACCAGCCAGGUGGUGGCCCGGGAGCUGCUGCAGCCGUCCAGCACCCUGGACAUCCCCGAGCGCCUGACGGUCAACUGGAAGGUGCGGGCCUUCAUCGUCCGCGCCCGCGUGCCCGCCUCGCAGCCGGUGGCCCAGGUGCUGUUCUACGUGGCCGGCCGGGACUGGGAUGACUUUGGCGUCACCGAGCGGCUGCCGUGCGUCCGCCUGCACGCCUUCCGGGACGCGCGGGAGGUCAAGAGCUCCUGCCGCCUCAGCGGGGGCCUGGCCACCUGCCUCGUGCGGGCCGAGCUGCCCCUCGCCUGGUUUGGGCCCCCUGCCCCGGCCGCGCCUCCCCCGGCCCGCCGCAAGUCCCCAGACGGGCUGGAGCCCGAGGCGGCGGGGGAGAGCCAGCAGGCUGAGCUCUACUACACGCUCCACGCCCCAGACGCGGCGGGGGGCUGUGGGGGCACCCGGCGGGGGCCGGGGCCGGGGGCUGGGGCCCGGGCCGAGAGCCCCACCCAGCACCCCCUGCUGCGCAUCGGGAGCAUCAGCCUGUUCCGCCCGCCCCCCAAGAGGACCCUGCAGGAGCACAGGCUGGACAGCAACCUGAUGAUCCGCCUGCCCGACCGGCCCCUCAAGCCCGGGGAGGUGCUCAGCAUCCUCCUCUACCUGGCCCCCAACUCCUCCUCUCCCUCCGGCCCCGGCGUCGAGCAUUUCACACUCAGGGUGAAAGCCAAGAAGGGUGUGACCCUUCUAGGCACCAAGUCACGGAGCCGCCAGUGGCACGUGACGUCGGAGCUGCUGACUGGGGCAAAGCACUCAACGGCCACUGUGGACGUGACCUGGGCCCAGGGCACACCCCUGCCCCCCUGGGAGGGCCAGGGGCCCCUGGAGAUCCUGCAGCUGGACUUUGAGAUGGAGAACUUCACCAGCCAGUCAGUCAAGCGGAGGAUCAUGUGGCACAUCGACUACCGUGGCCACGGCGCCCUGCCGGACCUGGAGCGGGCGGUCACCGAGCUGACGGUCAUCCAGCGGGAUGUGCAGGCCAUCCUGCCCCUGGCCAUGGACACGGAGAUCAUCAACACGGCCAUCCUGACCGGCCGCACAGUGGCCAUCCCUGUCAAGGUCAUCGCCAUCGAGGUGACCGGCCUUGUCCUAGACGUCUCUGCCCUGGUGGAAUGCGAGUCUGACAAUGAGGACAUCAUCAAGGUAUCCAGCAGCUGUGACUACGUGUUUGUCAGUGGAAAGGAAUCUCGCGGGUCCAUGAACGCCAGGGUCACCUUCCGCUACGAUGUCCUCAAUGCCCCCCUGGAAAUGACAGUCUGGGUCCCCAAGCUGCCCCUGCACAUCGAGCUCUCGGAUGCCCGCCUCAGCCAAGUGAAGGGCUGGAGGGUACCUAUCCUCCCCAACCGGAGGUCAGCCCGGGAGAGCCAGGACGAGGAGGAGGAGGAGGAGGAGCGGCGGCAGAGCGCGAGCCGCGGCUGCGCCCUGCAGUACCAGCACGCCACGCUGCAGGUCUUCACCCAGUUUCACACGACGUCGGCUGAGGGCACCGACCAGGUGGUCCCCAUGCUGGGUCCUGACUGGCUGGUGGAGGUCACCGACCUGGUCAGCGACUUCAUGCGGGUGGGCGACCCCCGAGUGGCACGCAUGGUGGACAGCAGCACGCUGGCCGGCCUGGAGCCGGGCACCACCCCCUUCAAGGUGGUGUCCCCGCUGACGGAGUCCGUGCUGGGGGAGACGCUGCUGACGGUGACAGAGGAGAAGGUCAGCAUCACGCAGCUGCAGGCCCAGGUGGUGGCCAGCCUCGCCCUCUCCCUGCGGCCCAGCCCCGGGAGCAGCCACACCAUCCUGGCCACCACCGCCGCCCAGCAGACCCUCAGCUUCCUCAAGCAGGAAGCCCUCCUGAGCCUCUGGCUCUCCUACAGUGAUGGCACCACGGCCCCACUCUCCCUCUACAGCCCCCGGGACUAUGGGCUGCUGGUAAGCAGCCUGGAUGAGCGGGUGGCCACGGUGACCCAAGACCGGGCCUUCCCGCUGGUGGUGGCGGAGGCGGAGGGGGCAGGAGAGCUGCUCCGCGCAGAGCUCACCAUCGCUGAGGGCUGCCAGAAAACCAAGCGUAAGAGCGUGCUGGCCACGACCCCCGUGGGCCUGCGGGUGCACUUUGGGCGGGACGAGGAGGACCCCACUUACGACUACCCCGGCCCCAGCCAGCCGGGGCCCGGCGGGGGCGAGGACGAGGCCCGGGGAGCCGGCCCACCGGGCACAGCGGUGCCCCCACCCGCGGCCCCGGGCCCCGGCACCGCCAGCCCGGCCGUGCCGCCCACAGAGGACUUCCUGCCGCUGCCCACCGGCUUCCUGCAGAUGCCACGGGGCCUGACGGACCUGGAGAUCGGCAUGUACGCGCUGCUGGGCGUCUUCUGCCUCGCCAUCCUCGUCUUCCUCAUCAACUGCAUCGUCUUCGUGCUGCGCUACCGGCACAAGCGCAUCCCGCCCGAGGGCCAGACCAGCAUGGACCACUCGCACCACUGGGUGUUCCUGGGCAACGGGCAGCCGCUGCGCGUGCAGGCAGAGCUGGCGCCGCCCACCGGCAACCCGCUGGAGACCGUGCCCGCCUGCUGCCACGGCGACCACCACAGCAGCGGCAGCUCGCAGACCAGCGUCCAGAGCCAGGUGCACGGGCGCGGCGACGGCUCCUCGGGCGGCUCGGCCCGGGACCAGGCCGAGGACCCCGCCAGCUCGCCCACCUCCAAGCGCAAGCGGGUCAAGUUCACCACCUUCACCACACUGCCCACGGAGGAGCUGGCCUAUGACUCAGUGCCAGCCGGCGAGGAGGACGAGGAGGACGAGGAGGACCUGGGCUGGGGCUGCCCGGAUGUGGCGGGCACCACGCGGCCCACGCCGCCCCCGGAGCUGCACAAUUACACGCGCAGAAUCAAAGAGAUUGCGUAGAGGCGCCGUCCCCCCGGGGGUGGGCUCUGCGUGGACACAGCCGGCACCCCGCUCACACUGACGCGCGCGGCUGAAGUGGAUUUUGUACUCCCCGCCCCGGCAGCUUGGCUCUGUGCCGGGCGGGCGCCUCCCCUGUCUGGCCUUUCCCGCUGCCUCACGGUACCUUCUUCUGCCCGCAGGUGGAGGGCGCC